CUUUCCCAGAGGGGCAACAUGUUUGUGCUCUCUCUCUCUCUCUCUCUCUCUCUCUCUUAAACACACACUCACACAUACUGUCUCAGACUGCGAGCUUAACACACACACACCCACACACACACACACACACGCUGCAGAUAAGCGCUCAGUGAAACGUCUGCUUUCGUUCAUCCACACUCUCAGCUCUCUCUCUCGCUCACACAGUCACACACUCUCUACGCACACACACACACAUCCAUUCACACACUGUCACACACACCUUACUCCCUCUCUCACUCACACUCGCUCUGAGUGGAAGCUGGGAAACGAUUUCUUAACAAGAGUGGGAGAGAGAGAGAGAGAGAGAGAGAGAGAGAUGGAAGAAAGACAGAAGAAUUAAAUCAGCUGUAGAGAGAAGAGAUAGACUUUCAGAAGAAGCUGCAGCAGAUACCACAACCUCCAGAAACCUCUAGGAACAUCUAGGAACCUCUAGGAACCUCCAGGAACUCUGGCUCCUGACAGCCUCAGGAAAGUGAAAUUGUCACCCUAGCAACAAGUCCUGAUGCUGCCGUCUUACUAUUCGCCACAUUUCCUCCUGCAAACAGCGCUCAGCGAUUCCCCCAAAGGACACCACAAACCAGAUGUUUGCAGCAGAUAUUUGAAUCAUCCACUAUCGACAGCUGCUGUGUACCAGUGUGCCCGUGCCCACCGACCGCGUGGUCGUCUCCUGCCUGCUGAGAGUUCCUGAGUGUGUUCCUUCGUGCUACCCUUGACCUGACUGAAGUCUCGCCAUGUUGUGGACUCUGGUGUUGGCGCUGAUCCUCCUGCUGCUGCUCCAGGCCGAGUUGUAUGUGUGCCUGCGGGAGCUCAGAUCCUCCACGACCUCAGUGUCCUCCGAUACCUCAGUGCCCCCGGGUCAGGGUCCAAACGCCACGGCCUCGAGGCGCAUGCCAGGGGCCAUCAUCAUCGGCGUCCGGAAGGGCGGCACCAGAGCCCUGCUGGAGAUGCUUAACCUUCAUCCGGACAUCGAGGUCGCCAAGGCCGAGGUCCACUACUUCAACCUGGACGAAAACUUCCGCAAAGGCCUGGACUGGUACCGUGCCCAGAUGCCCCUCACUCUGCCAGGGCAAGUGACCGUGGAAAAGACACCUGGCUACUUCACAGCACCUUUGGCUCCAUCCAGGAUGUGGUCAACCAAUCCUGCGGUGAAGCUCCUUCUGAUCAUUCGGGAUCCGGCCGAGAGACUGGUGUCGGACUACACACAGGUUCUGCACAACCGUCUCCAGCAGAACAAGCCCUACCAGCCUCUGGAGGAGCUGCUGCUGCGCAAGGGCCGAAUCAACCCGAACUACAAGGCCCUCCAGAGGAGCCUGUACCACCAACACCUGGCCAGGUGGCUGGAGUUCUUCCCCAAGGAGCAGAUCCACAUUGUGGACGGUGAGGCGCUGAUCCGCAACCCAUUCCCUGAGCUGCAGAAAGCGGAAAAGUUCCUAGAACUUCCACCCCGCAUCACCCAAGACAACUUUUACUUCAACACCACUAAAGGCUUCUACUGCCUGCUGUCUGAAGGACACGACAAGUGUCUCGACGAGUCCAAGGGACGACCGCAUGCGCCCCUCAGUAAUGAGGUAUUCCAAAAGCUGUGUCGAUACCUGUGGGUGCCCAAUCAGAUCUUCUUCAGGAUGGUGGGGCGGACCUUCAAGUGGUGUUGAUGUGUGGUGAUGAUGAUGAUGAAUAUCGCCUGAACUGCCAGGGCAGGGUUUAUUGUUCCUCAAGACUUUAAGCAGUAGUUAAUAUUUGAUUAAGUACGGAUACAGAUACAGACAAAGCCACCUGUCCGUACUUUGCAGUCUUUUAGUCUGUGUUGUACUGUAUGUGAACAUGCUCUGAAAAUACAAGUACGAAUACGAACAGAAAGGAGAAGUACCACAAAAAAAAAACAAAAAACUGUGGGGGCAGUGUAGCUACUAUGGUUCAAGCGAAACAAUGCAACUCCCAUAUGGACUCUUGGCAGGAAAGAAAGAAACUUAUAAUGGAACUUCUAAACUUUUAAACGCUUUUACGGACGUUUUUUGUAGUAAAACAUUUAUCAUGACUUCUACACAACUUGAACUUUACAUCCACAUCCAUGCCGAUGUAAAGGACACAGAAGUCCUGGACCUGGGCAAUCUUUGGCUCAAAGGUGCUUCUUCCAGAGGACGUUUGUUGUGCAGAACUACAUCAGAUUUUGUGUAAACUCAGAUGUGUAGUAGGAUACUACAGAACAUGGUAAACUCCACCCAGAGCGGGACUUGAACCGAAGACCCCAGUGCUGAUUGGUGAACGUUCUAAACACCAAGCUGCCACCAUGAUGCUCGUACAAUUUACACAUCUAAAAUGUAAAGCGGAGUGAACAGCUUUUGGUUUGCACAACAUGUGCUAUAUAUAUUGAUAUGCAAGACUUUAUAUUGCAAAAUAUUUAAUAUAUAUGUAUACACUCAUAUUCAAAGAAAUAGCUGUACCAACAGUGCCAGUCAAAAGUUACACACCUUACAUUUCAAGUGUUUCUUUUUUUUUUCAUUUUUCAUUUUAAAAUGUUCAACAUUGAAGAAAAAUACUAAAGACUAAAAACAUAUGGAAUUGUUUAGUAAACAAAAAAAUAUUAAACAAACCAGAAUCAUGUUUUAUAUUUUAGAUUAUUUUAAGUAGCACCUCUUGCAUAGAUUGGUUGGAUUUUCUCGGUCAGCUUUAUGAAGUAGAGUCACCUGGAAUUCAGGCUUUCAGUUAACAGCUGUGCUGAAUUCAGCAAGAGUUAAUUACUUGAAUUUCUUGUCUCUUAAUAAAGUGUUUGAGAGCAUCAGUUGUAACGUUGUGAAGAGGUAGAGUUACAGGUAUGCAGUGAAUAAUAGCUCUGUUUGAGUAAUGUUCUAAUCCAGAUUAUAGGGAAAACUUCUCAACUAAAUUUUUAAAAAGCAGUCGCAAAAAAGAUCAAAAACAUUAUGAUGAAACUGGCUCUCAUCAGGACCACUCCAGGAAAGGAAGAGCAAGAGUUCCCUCUGUUGUACAGGAUAAAUUUAUUAGAGUUACCAGCCUCAGAAACCACAAGUUAACAGCUCCCCAGAUAAGAGCAAUUAAAUGCAUCACAGAGUAUUUUGGUUUGUUUAACACUUUUAAGUUACUACAUGAUUCCUUAUGUGUUCCUUCAUAGUCUGGAUGACUUCUGUAUCAAUUUGCCAUGAUUUGCCAAAAUAGUAAAAUCAUUGAAUGAGAAAGUGUGUCUAAACUUUAGACUGGCACUGAAUAAAGAUGUGUUAAAAUACAAUUAUAUCCGGAAGGAAAAUGAAGCUUACCAGGAACAUAUAUAAAAUAAAUGAUUACAAAUUUAGACUGAUAUGGGAUAUAACUCUGGGUCAUAUUUAUUGAGCUACAGAUACAGAAAUAGUGUGUAAUUUACAGUAUGUCUAACUUUACAUUCCAGAUGUCUUGGCAUGUGGAGUUGUAGAGGUUCCUAAUGGAGUUCUGCAAUAAUCCAUCAAUUCAAUGCAGCUCAGUUUUAACCUUUUAUAUCCCCAUUUUUUCCCCAAUUUACAUGGCCAAUUACCCAUCCCACCCAUUAGGACUCCCCCAAUCACUAGUGAUGCUUCAACACCAGGAGGGUGAAGACUAGCACACACCUCCUCUGGUACAUGUAAAGUCAGACUCUGAUGCAGCAUCGCCAGGUAGCAUCACAGUGCACUUGAAGGAAAGCACAGCGACUCGGUUCUGAUACAUCACAGCUCACAGACGCAGCCUUGUGCUGAUCGACAUCAUCCUAGAAGUGAUGUGGGGAAAGAGCGCCAUCUACCCACCCAGAAAGAGCAAGGCCAAUUUUGCUCUCUCAGGGCUCCGGCAGCUGAAGGCAAGCUACAUGAACAGGAUUCAAACCAUGUGGACGAGCAUUGUCCUGCUGGAAUAGUGCACUGGAGUGUGCACUCAGAAAAGGUGGGACCACUGUUUGUAGGACCUCAUUAACGACUUGCCAGUCACUCCAGGACAGUCUGGCUCGACUACCCACGAAGUUUCACUCCUGACGGUUGAUUCCUUCUGGGUGCAGCUAUUAUUUUGAUGAUGAGUGUAUAAAGUUCUACAGUAAUUGAGGUUAAAAUGACCAGUAGGGAGAUACUCAAUCUCUCAAAUUUCUGUAUAAAAUGUAAAUAUUUCACAAAUGUGAGCCAUAAUCCUUCUAGUUCAAUAGCUGUUCUUUUUUAAUAUAUAUUUGCUGAUCAUAAUAUUAAUAAUUUGUACUUGAAGAUUACUUUGGGACAUUUUGAAUAGAGAUUUCUAUUUUUUAACUGUCUCUUACAAUGGCUUAUUUUGAGGCAUCGCAUUUUUUUUAAACAUUCAGCACAAAACAAAAUAUUUUUUUUUAUUCAGUAAAAAGGUUUGUAAAUAAUUAUUCAAUGUUCAGAACUCAGAAGAUAAUAAUACAGAAUUAUGAAAAAUAAAAUGAAAUAACUGUUUUCAUGUUUCACUACUCCAGUGAUAAAUACUCAAUGCAGUCUAUUCUGUAAUUCAGGACCCGGUAUAAGUAAACUUUUACUGAUUUUGUAAUAAAAUAUUUUUGCUUUGGUC